ACAAGGAUAACAUGGGAGGCGACAUAAGAAACACCAUGCCUUCGCAUCUACCAAGUCGAAGAAGGAGGAAGAAAUCUAAAGACCUCUGUUGCACACCAAUGAAGGAACAAAAGCAACAAACCCAUGUCUCUGAGUGGAGGCACGGGGGGCAUGAUCUCGUAGAAAAGCAUGGAGGCAUGUGCAAAUGCUGCCUCUAUAAACAAAGUCAAUUUAGACAUGGUCACCAUAUAAACCUGGUGGCCCACCCAGAGUUCUUUACCCAAAAUCCUAGGACUCUUCAAAGGCGGCUUCAAAAGAAAAGAGCUAAAGAGCGUCAAAGACAUGUUGCCGAGGUGCAUGCUUCGCAAUGGCAACAACCACCAGGGAGGCAAAAGUUUAUUUGGGUGGAGAAGAAGAAACACAGUGCAGCUUCUCAAGAGGCAAAUCAAAAUUUAGUCAAUGCAAUCGUGUCUCCAAAGACGUCUGCCAAGUGUGUUCCUUUUAAGUCAAAUGACUCAAAGGCAGAUAAGGAGCUUAAUGUCAGCAGCAAAACAAUUAGCCUUGGUGAGUUUAUUACUGAACUUCCAAGUUCCAAUCCAAAUCUCCCUUUUGUUUUCACAAGGAAGCAAGAUGCAGCCUCUAGUAGCAAAGGGGCAGUAAAGAACAAAGCAAACAUGUCUGCCAAAGAAAACAAAGGGAAGGAUCAUAAAAGAGAUGCUGCAACCUUCGUUCCAAGAAGAGGAAUGCUGCCGUCAACUAAAAGCAUGCUGCCUAGGAGACAUUCUGCUAGCAAUAUGAAAUCUUUGCAAAUGCACAAGGCAUUGGAUGAAGGCACAUACUGGCUACAAAACCUUGACAGUAGUCUGCACCUCACAAAAAUAAAUGGCUUACCUUUUCAGCCAUGUUGCCCUUCGGUCUCAACGAGGAUGUGGUGUGGUGGAGCUGGUGUAGCUCGUAUUCUCCUCAUCCAACUAAUAUGCCUCAUCUUCUUACUCUUCAAAUGCAAUCCUCUGCCCCUUAUGUUCUCCUCCUUGAUAGGUAGAUCGAGUCAAAGAGAACAAUUGCAAUUUUUGUCUAGAAUGGAUACUUGGUUCAUGAAUUUCCUACUAUGGCAGCGAUGCCAUCCUAUUGCUUCCAAGUUGAAAUCUUUUGGAAAUGGAGCAGUUGUCAACCAAUUCAAAACCUUUAAGUACAUACUCAGCGCCAUCUGGUGGAUAGAUAACAUCGUGUUCCUCUAAAUCAUUCCACACAUAACCAUUUUUGUAACUCUUGAAAUUCAAAAAACAAAAAUGUGUUAGGCAAGAACAGAAACAAAAACAAGAGAAGAAAGAACAUAAGACAUGUAUAAACGUAUACCUUUUGCAAGACCAAGAAUACAAAGAAGGCAUUCCUUUACCUUUAAGAGCUGAGUCUUUCCAUUACAUCUAGGAAUCAUGAACCCAAAAAACAAGGACAAUAAAAGAUGAAAAUUUUG